CGCUGCCAGCACAGCAGGAAGUAGGGUUAAAAUUUCUCUACACAAAUUAGCAGAGAGAGAGAAGAGAGAGAGAGAAGAGCUAAGAAUAGUUUGGAUCUUUUUUUUAUUUAUUUUACGUUAUAUAUCUAUUUUUUCAAACCGAGACUAAAGGAAGAGGAGAGUCCUGACUUUAUUUAUUCGUCACGCUGCCGAAGAAGGUCUGAUUCUGAAAGAUGGAUCCCACGCUGGCUGAAAUGGGGAAUCACCUCUCUGACGCCAUGAAGAUUCUGGAGAGUGGUCAGCUAGAGACGUGUCAGGACUCAGAGAGACGGCAGCUCAGCUGGAGAGACAUCCCAGGACCUCUACAGGGAGACGGUCAGAACUUCGUGACGAUUCUGCAGCUCGUUCAGAACUUGAUGCAUGAUGACGAGGACAAACAGGGACACCGCAGGAUGCAGUGUGUUGGAGAGCAGGGUCACAUGGCUUUACUGGGUCACAGCCUGGCUGCUUACAUCUCCAUCCUGGAUAAAGAACGUGUGAGAAAACUGACCACACGCAUCCUCUCAGACACCACGCUCUGGCUCUGCAGACUUUUCCGGUACGAGAACGGCUCGGCGUAUUACCACGAGGACGAGCGAGACGGGCUGCUGAAGGUGUGUCGGCUGGUCAUUCACACUCGCUACGAUGAGUACGCUACGGACGGCUUCGGUGUGUUCAGCGUCAGAGCGCCGGUUAUUUACCUGAGUGCAGCGUGCAGGUCAGGGCUGGGAGAGCACCUGUGCAGCCAGUUGGGUCUGCCUCUGUCCAGCAUCUGCACCGUGCCGUGCAACACCAUGUUCGGCUCUCAGCACCAAAUGGAUGUGGCCUUGCUGGACAAGCUUAUCAAAGAGGACAUCGAGGCUGGGAAACUUCCUCUGCUUCUGGUAGCUAACGCUGGAACUCCCGGUGCGGGUCAUACGGACAAACUGAGUCGUCUGAAGGAGCUGUGUGUUCAGUACAGUGUGUGGCUCCAUGUGGAAGGUGUCAAUCUGGCAACCCUGGUGCUUGGUAACACCUCCUCUGCAGUCACGGCAGCCACUAAGAGUGACAGUAUGACGUUGACCCCAGGCCCGUGGCUCGGGCUUCCUGCUGUUCCGGCUGCGACUCUGUACAGACACGAGGAUCCUGCACUGUCUCUAGCAGCAGGUCUCACUUCCAGCCAUCCAGUGGAGAAACUUCGGGCUCUUCCUCUCUGGCUUUCGUUGCAAUAUCUCGGACACGAUGGGAUUGUAGAGAAGAUACAACACGCCUUGCAGCUGAGUCAGCAGCUCCUGGCACGGCUGAAGUCUUUGGCCUCCAUAAAGACAUCGGAUGUCCUUGACAGUGAGAUCUCUCUCCUGGAGGCUUUGAGUAUGGUCGAGGAUGAACUCAGUUCUCCAGUGGUCGUGUUCAGGUUCUCUCAAGAUACAAGUUCAGCGUCGAGCGGCGGGUCAGCGGAGGGAUACAGUGGAGGAGACCGAGACGUACAGGACGCUCUGAACAGAUGGCUGGGUGAGCAGUUAGCGCUGCUGGUCCCUGAGAGCGGCGUCGAUGUGGUGGAGCUGGAGGAUGAAGGCGUGUGUGUGCGCUUUAACCCUCUCAUGACGGCUGCAGCUUUAGGAACACAGCAGGCAGAUGUAGCGGCUUUGGCGGACAAGUUAUCCGAGCUGAUCCCUGUGCUGAGCUCCACGCUGCGUUUGAGGCACGAUUUCCGAGAGGAAGUCCUCCAGUACGCAGCACUGACGUACAUCGAGGACUUGAGCUGGGCAGGACUCGGAGCCGUGAGGUACGAGCCGAAGAGGACGGACGUGGAUGAAGUGAAGAGACAAGUGGAAGUGCAGAAGGUCAAUGCUGAGCUGCUGAAGAAACUGAAGGAACUGGACACGGAGCUGGAGUUCUCUAUAGGGCCUGAAUUCAGUGAAGAGAAGGACUGUGUGUUUGUUGGGAUGGGGUCAGAAGACCUGGACAUCUCUGUGUUGGUAGAAACCAUCGUGUCUACAGGGAGAGAGAUCGAGGAGAGCGGGAAGUUGUUAGAGAACAUGACGGAGGUGGUGCGGAAGGGAAUCCUGGAGGCCGAGCAGCAGCUUCUAAAAGCUACUGAGGAGAAACUCUUGGAGGAGGGGGUGCUCCGGCAGAUUCCUCUCGUCAGCUCUGUGCUCAACUGGUUCUCUCCGAUUCAGGGCUCGGUGAAAGGCAGGACGUUCGACCUAGCAGCAGGUUCCCUGGACAGCACUGAGCCUGUUUACUCCAUGAAGACUCAGACAAAUAAAGAAGCUUUACCUGAAUCGCCAAAAUCUCCAGCCAAACAGCUUACAGGACAAAAGCUGUUCCGGCGCUCCACGGUCGGUUCAGAGUCCUGCAGCGAGACCAGCUCGGUCUGCCACCUCGACGAGUCUCUCAAAGAGGCAGAAGUUCCUCAGUCACUCUCGGGCAAGUCUGAGACACCUCUGGAGCACGUCCAGGAAGCAGUACCGUCGGAUCAGCGCGUUCCCGAGGGCCAGGUGCAGUCGGACUCGCUCAGAUAAAACCGUCAAACCCGUCAGAGAUGCCAAAGCGGCUGUACACUGUGAAGUGCGCAACCUCGAUGCCUUGACCAAGUCAGACUAGGGCUGCGUUCCAAUACUGUUAACAACACUCGCUCGUCCACUUCCCCUGUUCCUCUAAUCUGAGGACGUGUCUUAAGACUUUUUUCUUUAUUGUCUGAAAUGAAGUAAAGGCGUUAAGGAGCACAAGUUACCCAGAAGGCAUUACCGUAGGAGGUCUGACACGGUUUCCUUUCAAAAUGGAGGAUGAAGCGUAAACAGGAGCAAUAAAAAUACACAAUGGCGUUACCGUGCCCAUUACAUUCGUACGACCGGGGGAAGACGACGAGCGUGUGUUAGAACAGUAUUGGAACACAGGACAGGAAGUGAAGCUUUGUUCUAGAAGUGUGACCAAUAGAACAACUGGAAUAUUUCAUCAGUGCGCAUCGUCUCUCUCUCUCACACACCUCCUUUACUCACUGCUCUGUUAAGAACCGUCCGUUUUCUGUGAUUCAGUGAAUAUUAGCCGUUCUGAUUAUGUGCACUGCCACGCAGCGUCAUAUUUCUCUCUUCUUUUUUUUUUUUAUUCGUUCCAGAUUUCGUUUACAUUAUAAAUAUAUUACGUUUCUAUCACUGUAGAUGGUGGGGUUGAGUUGUUUGGUUUCAGCUACAUGCUAAGGAGCAGUUCAGCCAAAAGUGACAUGUACUGAAUGUCCUUUGGAUCAACACACAGUUAAUUCAUGAAAACGUGUCAUUUAUAACGCUGUGGUAUAAGAGGAAUAAAACACUUUAGGGUACAAAGGACAUUUUGUACAUUUAAUUUUUCUCUGAACUGCUGCUUUAAAGACUUGUGUGGUGUUUCUUUGCCAAAAAAUGAGGGGAAAUUUAUUAUUUUUUAUUUUUAUUUUUUUUGUAGCCUGAGGCUCAUGAUUCCUAAAAGUAGAAUUGAAUAUAAUGCUACUAAUAAUCAGCUUUAUUGCACUUUUUUUUGUACAGAUAAUUUAAUCUGAAUAAUCCUUAUUUAUUCUACUGAUCGAUAAAUCAUGAUAAAUCUUCGGACUCCAAAUCAGAAUCCUUAACGUCCGAUCCUUUGCCAGGUUCGAGGAUCUACUGUCGUUCUUUUGCACUCACUGACACGGAAGAACUUUGUUGGAUUUUUAUUUUCCUCUAAAUGGGAAAUUUAACAAGUGUGUGUGUGUGUUAAUGUUUACUGUGAAGCGGCCCGACGGUUUGUGAUCAUGGUUGUGUACACUAGUCAUUUGUUUUUCUGUGCCAUCACCGCAAAAAGCCACUGAUGAAGUCGUUCCCUUCUGUCGGCUCAUAUAACCUCUAAGUCUUCUUAACGCUCACUAAGAGCAUCUAAAUAUCAUAUGAAGUAUGAACACAUGGAUUUUCACCAAUAAAAUAUCACCAAUAGAUCAAAGAUCAGCUCUAGAUGAUGAUGAUGAUCAAACCUGUCAAUUUUUCACCUACAUCACAUUUACACAUGUAUUGGUUAACGACUAAUGUAAAUUAGUAUAGUGGUUUCUUGAAGGCUAAUGUAAAUUAAGACUGGAUGAUCUUUCAAAGCAGCUACACUGUCUUAAUUUGGUGCAAUAAAUAUCCUGGUAGUUGUUGUUUUCUUCUUUCUUUCUUGGUUUCUUUCUUGUGGCAGAACAAACAGUGAUAGAAGCAGAUGAAAUUAGUUUUUAUAAUCACAUAAGCUUUUCCAAAAGUCUGUAAAUUAUAAUAAAAACGAUGAUGCCAAGCAAAA